GCCCCAAUUACGAGGCGUACAGUAUUUUGAAAGUUUGAGAGGAGUUGUAAGUUCGUGUUUCUUUUAGUAAAGGUGGCGAUAAUCGUAUGUAUCUGGUGAUUGAAUUUUAAAUAACUGAGAUAAGAACUGAAGUUGUACUAUACUUUCGUAAAUCUUUUGUUUAUCUUUACACUAACUUCACAUGUUUUAAGCCAUAUACACAUUUCUGAUAAAUGUUUACAUAGAAAUAACGGUUAACUGGAUAUGUUUACUUGACAUAAACGCAUGAAUAAAAACAUACACAAGUGAAAAAUGUAUUGUGUUAGGGUGUAACGAAAAAAUCCAAAUACACUAAUAUAUGUGUGUGUUCAUAUGUAUAUAAUUACAACAAUACUGCUAUAUUCAUUUACUGCCAACUUUACAAAGCACACUGGCAGAAAAUAUUGUAAUGACAGAAAAGGCUGCCCUCUGUCUUAUGACUCCCGAGUCCAGCCCGAAACUAAAUACAGUCAUCAUUGAUGAUACGGUGACAACAACAUCAUCGUCAAUUCCGUCACCAAACAAUAGUUCAAAAUAUGAUGCAGUUCUGGCAGACGAAAAUUUGACCAAGAGCCUGUUGAAAGCCAGUGAAAAGAAAUCGCUUUCAAGAGAAGGCGAAAGCGUCGUAGAAGAAAAUCGGAGCAACGACAACUGUGAUGUUGAAAUUGUCAAUAAACCUAAUGUGUAUAAAAGAACAAAUUCGAAACGAAAUAGCCAAAGAAAGAAACGAAAUGCUUCCAUCUUGUAUUAUACUUCUGUCGGUCGGAAUCUCACAGAGAACAGAACUCCACAAGAAUUCACUGGUGAAUCGCUAACACGAAGUCAGAAGCAUGUACAUCUGUCAAGGAAGUGGCCUCAGUGGUUGUGGAAAUUGUUUUCACGCUCUCUUGGUGUGAAAAUUCAUCCAAAUGAUACACCUCUGGUUGGAACUAUAUUGCAUAUGCUUACCUUAACAUUUGCCUUUUCAUUCAGUGUAGCAUCAGCCUGGUACAUCGUGUUGGAUGUCCUCAGCAAUUACACACGUACUACUGUGCUUAUAGGUUCUGUUUCUAUACUGAUUGGUUUUUCUUGGGUCGCCAUUGGAAUUUAUGCUAAUGAUCUUGCUGGGCGACUGAUCAGCAAUAAAAAUUUUGCUGAUAGCGUUCGCAUGCAUUCUAGGACAGUCUUUAAGAUCAGUUCCACUGGUUUGCUGUUUUUGAUAAGUCUGGUGUUGAUGUGUGUGAACUCUUACCAUUCUUGGAUCAAUUUCCAAGCUGAAUCUUGUCAGCAAAUUGGGGUUACGAAUGCACUGUGCCUGAUUGCAUUCUCCUGUAAAGUCAGUUUUGGUGUCUUUGCAUUGAUCUGGAAUUGCAUGGUGGGCUUCAUCCUUCUCUCUGUUUGCAGAACCCACACUAUUGGAAUCCGUCGGUUUAUUCGAGAGUUAGAAGUUGAUGGUCAAAGUUAUGAUGCUUACUGGAAAUAUCAGAACUCUCGAACUGGAGUUCGCCAUGUUGACAUCGAUAGUCUCUCUUCAGGUUUAGGAGCAGAUUUCUGUGAUGAAUGUGUAUGGAAUGAUGACUGUAACAGGAAUGGACAUAAUUGUGACAACAAUAGCCAAAUGCCCAGGCCAGUUUCAAGACCAACACUACCAACUGAAGAGAGCCCUUCCCAAAUUGUCACCCCUUCAAAUCACGAUGAUGACAACAAGAAUGAAGGUUGUUUGCCUGAAGCAAUAUCCGAUCAAGCUGUACAAAUGGAAGCACCACCUGAAAAUACUCAACCACAUAACAUGGCAUCAGAAAUGAUGACAAAUGAUGAUAUAUUGAUGUCCUACUGGAAAAUAUCUUUCCGUAUGCGUACAACAUCAGCCUAUCUGCAACGCUGGCUGGCCAGCUGGAUUGUCCUGAUUGUACUAUGGUGUGCUAAUUAUAUUAUAUUUUGGAUGUCUCAUAAAGCCACUCUUCUGGGUAUUGUAGAAUUCAUCUUGCCACUUUUGCUUCUGUUACUCAUAUCUUCUGCAUUUGCUGAAGCAAAUGCUGAAGGCCAGCGUAUGAUCAGAUGUAUGUGUCCAACUGAAGAUCGCCUCUUUCUCCUCUUGUUUCUCAACCAGCAACCUCUACAGAUGACGGUUUUUAACUUUGCCUUGACAUAUAAUGCCAUUGUGGGAAUCCUUCUUGCCUUUUCUGUAGCAUUUGCCUCUAAAGUCAUAAUGGAUGAGGUUGUUGUAUAACGAGAAGAAAAGAAGAAACAAAAUAUCAGCCAGUACUGAAAAUGCUAACAACCAAUGAACAAAAAGAAAAAACACUGAACCAAUGAGAUUAUUUGCUUAAAAAUUCAAAGAACACAAAUUUUUGGAUCAUUCUUUUCUUGCUUUCUUCUACUCCAUUCUCAACUGAAAUGCUACCCACAUAAAUUCUCAGGGUUACAGCAGUUGUUUUUAAAUAACUAUUCCUUAAGUCUGUCCUGCAUAUAUAUAUAUAUAUAUAUAUGUAUAUAUGGAUGAUGAUCUAUACCAAAGUAUUCCAGUAAUGUCCUGUAUAAAUAUAUAUAUAUUUAUAUGAAGGAUGAUCUAUACCAAAUUAUUCAAGUAAUGUCGUGUAUGUGUGUGUGUGUAUAUGUGUGUGUGUGCGUGUAUAUGUGUGGAGGAUGAUCUAUACCAAAUUAUUUCAGUAAUGUCAUACCGGUCAAAUUUGCUUUAGUUUUUUUUUUUUUUUUUUUUUUUUUUUUUUUUUUGUACUUGUUUUUAUGGGAGAUGGGGAUGAUAUUUUAUUGUUAUUUGUUUUAAAAAGUUAUCACACCACUGUUGCCAUUUACACCUCUACUAUCACCACCAUAUUCUCUAACCAAAAAAAUUGUUACUUUCAUUGAACUACUACUGCAACUACUACCAUUGCAGCCAAUAAUGUAUGGAUUAAAACAAGUUCUUAGUAAAGUACUCUCAUUUCAUGAAAUAAGAA